UUCAACCUUAUUAGAGGGUUUAAAUUCUAAUAAAUCCAUGCGUACCUAACAGUUUUUCAGAUUUGGUCGAGUGUUUAAAUUGAUAUUAGAUAUUCACACAUUUCUCCUUUGAACUAGUUUAAAUGGUAGAAAACGAAAAACAUUUAAUUGAUCAGGCACUUAAUUUUGAAAAAAAACAUGUUCACAAAGUAUAUCAUAAAAUUGCCCACCAUUUUGAUCACACAAGAUACAAGGCUUGGCCGAAGAUUGUAACCUUUUUAAAAAAUUUAUCCCCAUAUUCCUUAAUAUUAGAUAUUGGUAGUGGAAAUGGGAAAUAUUUGCAUAAAAAUGAAGACAUAUUUAUGGUUUGUUUAGACAGAUGUUCUGAAUUGAAUAUAAUUGCUAGAAAUAAAGGUGGUGAAGUUAUAGAUGGUGAUAUACUUUCACUCCCUUUUAAAUAUGAACUAUUUGAUCAUUGCAUAUGUAUUGCAGUACUCCAUCAUUUAUCAACCAAAGCACGCAGAAUAUCAGCUUUACAAGAUAUAAUCAAAGUACUAAAAAUUGAUGGAACUCUCUUGAUUUAUGUAUGGGCAUUUGAGCAAGAAAAUUUUAAUAAAGAUCGAAUCCAGGAUUUACAAAAGAAUGAUAUAAUAAAUAUUCAUGAGAUAUCAGUUGACAAUAGUACAAUUGAUGAACCACCAUCAAACUUAAAUAUCCAUAAAAAUAGAACUCAAUUUUUAGACAAAGAUUUAUUAGUACCCUGGAAUUUAAAUAAUAAAUGUUUGCCAAAUGAGGGACAGAAAAUAGAUGAAAAUAUUUAUUAUAGAUUUUAUCAUGUUUUUACCCAAAAUGAGAUGCAAUCCUUAUUGUCAAAUAUUAAUAACAUUCAGAUAAUCGAAUCAUAUUAUGAUAAAGGAAAUUGGGCCUUUAUUAUUAAAAAAAUAAAAUUAAAUAACAAAUUGUGA